AUGGCGCUGCUGGUUGCUCCUAGGAAUGAAGUUGCGUUCGAACUUCUCUCCUUCAUGAAACCAUUUGCGAAAUUACUUGGCAUACUAUGUGUGUAUAUUUGUGGGGGAGAGGAAGGGGAAAGAAUCCCUCACAUCAAAGCCUCCUCUAAGAAUGGUGGACACAUUCUUAUAUCGACGUUGGGAAAAGUUCAGAGCAUUAUAGGAAAAAAGAGCAGCUUGAUCAAUCUAAUGAGUGUAACUUUUUUGGUGAUGGAUGGCGCAGAGAGUCUUACGAAAAGGAAUGUACAGUCGAUGGCUGACUACCUCAUUAAGAACGUUCGUGGUGAUAGGCAGCUGGUGGUUUUCUCAGCCAUUUCUCACCCAGAUAUUGAACAAUGGUUGGCUAAACACCAGGAAAAUUUUGUGCACAUAACCCCUAGAGCUGCAGCUUCUGUCCAUGGGACUGCUCACGUUCCUACUGAUGAAUAUGGAGGGGCUGAGAAUGACAAAUUUUGA